AAGACGGUGUUAGCUGUUCGCAUAUAAAUAAAUAAAAUAUAUUACACAUCAAUAAUAUAUACUGUAUGUAUGUAUACACAUCUCUCUUUCUCUGUGUCGAUGCGGCGUCUUCUUUGGUCAAAUUGAUACCAAUCUGAAACAAAGAAAAGAAAAAAAAGUAAUCAAAUCUUGCGUACACAUCUCUCUCUCUCUCUCGCACAUAGUCUGAAUUCGAAUUAGGGGUUUUGAUUUUUCGAAUUGAGUUCAACAUCAGGUUCUUGGUGUGUCGCCGGCGAAAAUGAAGUUGUGUUUGGUAUGGAUGAAUUAGGGUUUCUUCAGUAGAAAAGAGUUGAAUUGGGGGCUCAUGGGUUGCAUAAUCUCAAAGAAGAAGUCUCCAAAGAGAAACCAUCAUCUUCAUCAAAGGAAAGAAUCGCGUUCUUCGAGGAUCGAUGAUUCGAGCCAGCAACAACAAGACAGAUCCAAGUUCAGUCCGAGUAGGUUGUCUGAGAAACAUCCCGAGAUUGCAGAGAUUGGUGAUACGGAUGAAGAGGAAGAGGACGAAGAACCUAAGAGAGAGGCUAGUACUACUACUACUCUUGUUGUUGCUAAGGAGGAGCCAGAGGUGGCUUCAGGAUGGCCUGCUUGGCUAGUCUCGGUCGCUGGUGAAGCACUUGUGGGUUGGACUCCACGACGUGCUAGCUCCUUUGAGAAACUUGAGAAAAUAGGACAAGGUACGUAUAGCAGUGUAUACAGGGCUCGUGAUCUUUUGGAUAACAAGAUCGUUGCGCUCAAGAGAGUCCGGUUUGAUCUCAGCGAUUUGGAGAGUGUUAAGUUUAUGGCUAGAGAGAUCAUUGUAAUGAGAAGGCUUGAUCAUCCUAAUGUACUUAAGUUACAAGGCUUGAUCACUGCCUCUGCUUCUUCUUCUCUUUACUUGGUUUUCGAGUAUAUGGAUCAUGAUCUCGUUGGUCUUGCUUCCUUACCCGGUAUCAAGUUCUCUCAGCCUCAGGUGAAAUGUUACAUGAAACAGCUUCUAAGCGGGCUUCAUCACUGUCACAGUCGGGGUGUUCUGCACCGCGAUAUAAAGGGAUCGAACCUGCUGAUUGACAGUAACGGGAUCUUGAAGAUUGCGGAUUUCGGUUUAGCGACGUUUUUCGACCCGCGGAACCAUGUUCCCUUGACUAGCCGUGUUGUCACUCUUUGGUAUCGACCACCUGAGCUUCUUCUUGGAGCUUGUCAUUAUGGUGUUGGUGUUGAUUUGUGGAGCGCUGGCUGUAUCUUAGGCGAGUUAUAUUCCGGGAAACCCAUCUUGCCGGGCAAAACCGAGGUGGAGCAACUGCAUAAAAUCUUCAAGCUGUGUGGUUCACCAACAGAAGAUUACUGGAGGAAACUGAAGCUACCACCUUCAGCUGCGUUUAGACCCGCGCUUCCUUACGGACGACGUGUAGCUGAGAUGUUUAAGGACUUGCCUACCAACGUACUUUCGCUUUUGGAGGCUUUACUAUCUAUAGAUCCUGACCGGAGAGGCUCUGCAGCUAAAGCUCUUGAGAGUGAGUACUUUAACACAGAGCCGUUUGCUUGUGAUCCAUCUUCCCUACCAAAAUAUCCUCCAAGCAAAGAGAUUGAUGCUAAACUCCGCGACGAUGCCAAGAGGCAAGAGAAGAACGAAAGACAAGACUCUCAGACGAGACAAUCACAUGAAAGGAAACUUAUCCCACCGCUAAAAGCUAAUCCAUCACUCACAGCGGCUAUGGAGAACCCUUAUCUAAGAACAUGUGUUCCUGGUCAUUCGACGAGACAAAUGCAGAUUACAAAGGACAUGAUGACCAGCAACAAUCCAACGAGUGGGAGAGUCUCUCACUCGGGUCCGAUGAUGAAGAACCGAAAUCACAGUCGGUUUACAUACAUGAAGGACAAUGCAGCAGCCCCUUCAAGCAGGGCUAACUUGGCAGGACAAAGCGGUUCGCGUGUAGAUACACUCGGCUCAGAUCAAACAGUCAUGGAUCAGAAAAGGAUGAAUUUGAGAGCAUUCAACAGAGCUGACACUAUGGAUAAUAGUAAGAGGCAAAUCAAAAUCCCAAAUGACCCAUCUUGGUAUGAUGCUGGGGAUAACAAAAUGUACAUGUCGGGUCCAUUGCUGGCUCAGCCAAGAAAAGUGGAUCAGAUGCUGGAAGAACACGACCGGCAGCUCCAGGAGUUCACCAGACAGAAAGCAAAACAUUCCAGAAGCUGAUAGCGUAAUGUAUCUUGAAUGAUUUGCUUAUUUUGCCGGGAAUGGACAAAAAAAAAAGAGAACCAGAUGGAGUCUUGUUGUAUCAAAGAAGAGUCUGAUGAGCUUUUUGAAAGAAAAAAAAAAUGUAAUAGAGAUUUAAGGUUGUUUGCGUUAUAAAUAGGCGCAGCUCUGUGAUUACAUAGAACAUGUAUACAGUACCCAUGAUAAGAGUUUGAUCUGUGUAGUACAUAUAUGUAUGUACAUUUCUUCAUAUAUUACAUUAUAUGUGUACAUACAUAAACAUGUUAUCAAUUUCUCUGUGUUUAAAUGA